UUAAUUAUUGAAAUAGGAGGAAUAUCAAAUUCCAGUUAUCGAGUACUAGGUAACAUUCGGCAUAACAAACGCUGCUUUCCUAACUGACCAAAAGUUCACUCGCCACCACUUUGCGGACGAUGGUUGGAAGUGGUCGUGGGGCCCGCUCUCCACGCGAGAGGAAGGUGAGGUCGUUGGGCGGGUGCGGACACGACGGGGCGGAACGAAUUGUUAACAUUAUCUCUUCGCAGCAGAAGUGGCAGAGGGUAAAGUGUGGGAGUGCAGCGAACCGGAGGUGAGUUUAAGAAAAUGCCGAUGGACGAACAGUGGAGUUUGAGAAACUUGCGAAGAAGACGAGAGAGGUAACCUGACCACGCAUUUGCUUCGAUAAAAUAACCCACCGGCCAGUGGCCUACUGCCUGCCCCCCUCUCCUCAGCUUACGUCCCCAUCAAGAGAACCUCUGAAGCGAAGAACAAAUCGCAAGCCGAUAGCUGGUACAACUUGGAUAGGUUCCUAAGCCUGCGAUCCGAAAGCUCCCGGUGUCGAAUUUCCCAGUCGGGCGGCCAUGGGGCUUUCGAGCCUCCCCAACCCAUCGGAGAGCGUGCUCACUCUCGUACUCGUCAACACUGCCCUCACCAUCUCCAUCCUGAAGCAGCUCCUCCGCUCCCUCCGCCAACUCCUCCGCCUCCGCCCGCCGCCUCCGUCGCCGUCGGAUCACGCAGCGGGAGAUCAGGCGCAGGAGCCGCACAGCCUGACGGAGCGGUUCCGCAGCCGGUGCAGGCCGGUUCGGUUCGGCUCCGCCCUCGGGCGGAGGCGGGAGCAGACCGCCGACUGCCGCGUCUGCCUCGCCCGGUUCGAGCCGGACUCGGUGGUGAACCGGCUCCCUUGCGGCCAUUUCUUCCACAAGGUCUGCUUGGAAAAGUGGCUCGACUACCAGCACGCCACAUGCCCCCUCUGUCGGACUGCCGUCCUCCCCGGUGAGGAAUCCGGCGCUGCCUGCUUCGUUUCGACUUCUUCUUGGCAGUGGUUUUAGGUCAUGGGACGUGACGCCCAGCUCCAUGGAUGCCACAGGUAUGUUUAUACGUGUCUUGCUACCUCCUUCACAAUAGUGUCGGUGUGGUGAUAAUACUAGUUUUUGUUCUCGACUUCUUGUAGACAUGGAACACUGCUCUGUACAGUCGCUAUUAAUCUAUUUUUUUUCUCUUCA